AUGGCUGCCGGAGGCCUCGCGCUGCUGCCCGCCCUCCUCGUCGCGGCCCUCUGCGCCGCCGCGUGGCGGGCCGAGGCGGCGAUCGGGGUGAACUGGGGCACCGUGUCCGACCACCGCGCGCCGCCCGGCGUGGUGGUGGACUUGAUGCGCGCGAAUCGGAUCAGCAAGGUGAAGCUCUUCGACGCCGACCCGGGAGUCCUGCGCGCGCUCGCCGGCAGCGGCAUCCAGGUCAUGGUCGGCGUUACCAACGGCGAGCUCGCAAGCUUCGCGGGGUCGCAGGCGGCUGCAGACGCUUGGGUCGCGCAGAACGUGUCCCGAUACGUCGGCCGCGGUGGCGUCGACAUCCGAUACAUUGCUGUGGGCAAUGAGCCUUUCCUGACAAGCUACCAGGGUCAAUUCCAAUCAUAUAUCAUUCCAGCAAUGACAAAUAUUCAGCAAUCGCUGGUGAAAGCUAAUCUUGCUAGCUACGUAAAGCUAGUAGUUCCCUGCAAUGCAGAUGCAUAUCAGAGUGCUUCUGUUCCAUCUCAAGGAGUAUUCAGGACUGAAUUGACUCAGAUAAUGACCCAGCUGGCUGCUUUUCUGAGCUCUAGUGGGGCACCAUUCGUCGUCAAUAUCUACCCAUUCCUCAGUCUUUACCAAAGUUCAGAUUUCCCACAAGAUUAUGCCUUCUUCGAGGGAUCUACUCACCCAGUAGUAGAUGGUCCGAAUGUGUACUACAAUGCAUUUGAUGGGAACUUUGACACACUAGUUUCUGCUCUCAGUAAAAUUGGCUACGGGAACCUACCUAUUGCAAUUGGUGAGAUAGGUUGGCCAACUGAGGGAGCACCAAGUGCAAACUUAACUGCAGCAAGGGCAUUCAAUCAAGGGCUUAUCAAUCGUGUUACAAGCAACAAGGGAACUCCACUCCGACCUGGUGUGCCUCCAGCUGAUGUAUAUCUUUUCAGCCUUCUCGAUGAAGAGGGGAAGAGCAUACUGCCAGGAAACUUUGAGCGGCACUGGGGGAUCUUCUCCUUCGAUGGGCAAGCCAAAUACCACCUGAAUCUUGGGCUGGGAAAUUCAGUACUGAAGAAUGCCAAAGAGGUUCCUUACCUUCCAUCACGUUGGUGUGUUGCAAACCCUGCUUGGAAUCUUGACGGUGUUUCAGAUCACAUGAAGCUUGCUUGCAGCAUGGCUGAUUGUACCACUCUGUACUACGGAGGUUCAUGCUAUGGUAUCGGGGAGAAGGGCAAUGUUUCAUAUGCUUUCAACAGCUACUAUCAGCAGCAGAAGCAGGACCCAAAGAGUUGCGAUUUUGGUGGGCUUGGGAUGAUAACUUACCUUGAUCCAUCUAUGGGCGAGUGCCGCUUUCUUGUUGGUGUUGAUGAUAGCAAGAGCUCUGCAGUCGCCUCUUGUGGCGGUGGAUGCUGCGGGGUCUGCUGUGGAAUGUGGGUUUUAGCUUUCUGGGUGUUCAUGUACCUUAGAAUGAUGGGUUCUGCUUGA